AUGAUUAGGUUGGAUAUAUUAAGCCUGAUCAGCAUCUCAGCAUCUCACACGUGGGACGGGAGUGAGGAUUAUCAAUUUCCACGUCCACGUUUAAUUUCCCAGUCAUUUGACAUAAAAGACGUUCCAACGAAGAUUAUCAAAAUAACUAAAACGAUCGCCGUCCGGGUCCCGGUGCCGUAUCCAGUAAAAGUCCCGUAUCAUGUUCCAGUCCCGGUGCCAGUAAAUCAUCCGAUACCGGUCCCCGUUCCACAGAUUGUUAAAGUUCCUGAGCACAUACCCUACGAGGUAUCGAAGCAUGUACCGGUGCAACUUAAACAGCAGGUGCCCUUCUUUAUUUCCAAACCCGUGCCGAUACCUCAUCCAGUUCCCGUGCCGCAUCCCGUAAGAAUAGAUCGGCCCAUUCCGUAUCCAGUUCCUUAUGAAAAUUACCAACAACACCUACAAGAUCAGCACUACCAGGUUCAUGAGAAUCAUCAAUCCGAAGAGAGCCAACACAAUUUUGUUCAGCAUGAUCAUGAUGAUCAAGAUCAUCAUCAUUAA